UCAAAUCCUCUUCUUCUUCUUCUUCUUCUUCAUCAUCAUCUUCUUCCUCUGAGAAAUUUUUUGUUUCUAUGAGAGAAAUGUUCAAUUCAUCAACACUCGUGUAUUCUCUAUCUCUCUUCCUCUCUACUUCUCUUCUCUUCUUCAUCUUGUUCCUCUCACCGCACAUCCUUCUCUCUUCCUCUAACCUCAUUUCCACCGCCGAUGACCUCGACGACAUCUCUCUCUACCACCGCGCCGCUGUCUCUUCCUCCAACAUCAACAACCGCCGUCUCAUCUCCCUCUCUUCUUCAUCUCCUCCGCCUCCUAAGAUCGCGUUUCUCUUCCUUACAAACUCCGAUCUGACCUUCUUACCUCUCUGGGAAAGCUUCUUCCAAGGCCACCAAGAUCUCUACAACGUCUACAUCCACGCAGAUCCAACAACCCCCGUCUCUCCGCUUCGUGAUUUUUCAUCCAUCAACGCCAAAUUCAUCCCGGCGAAAAGAACCGCGCGAGCUUCCCCGACGCUCAUCUCCGCCGAACGAAGAUUGCUAGCAAACGCUAUCAUCGACGAUCCUAACAAUCUCUAUUUCGCUUUGAUCUCGCAACACUGUAUCCCUCUCCAUUCCUUCUCUUACAUCCACAACCACCUCUUCUCCGCCAAAUCCAAUCACCAAAGCUUCAUCGAGAUCCUCUCCGAUGAACCUUUCCUCCCGAAACGGUACAGCGCAAGAGGCGAAGACGCGAUGCUUCCCGAGAUCCGGUACCAAGACUUCCGUGUCGGAUCUCAGUUCUUCGUUUUGGCGAAACGUCACGCUCUGAUGGUGAUCAAAGAGAGGAAACUAUGGAGGAAAUUCAAAUUGCCAUGCCUCGAUGUUGAAUCUUGUUACCCUGAAGAACACUAUUUCCCGACUUUGUUGUCUCUUAAGGAUCCUAAAGGAUGUAGUCACUUCACACUCACGCGUGUUAAUUGGACGGGUAGUGUUGGUGGCCAUCCUCACACGUACGGCGCUUCAGAGGUCUCGCCGCAGCUGAUUCGCUCGCUGCGGAGAUCUAAUUCAAGUUUAGACUAUUUCUUCGCCAGAAAAUUCUCGCCGGAGUCGCUGCAACCGCUUAUGGAGAUAGCUGAUGCUGUGAUUUUCAGGGAUUGAGACGGUGAAAGUAAAUUAGGUUUCAGGUUUUUUAGGAGAAGAAGUUUGUGUUGGCGCUCGAAGAAGAGUUGCAAAUAAAGAUGGAUUACUCUGUGUGGGUGUGGGUGUGCGUGUGUGGGUGGUUUGUUUCAGUGACCCUGUAAAUGUCAAAAGGGUUUUUGAAACUUUGGCUCUUUAGAGAAGGUAGUUUUGGAAAUAGAUAUGUAAAAAAAAAUGAAAAUGUAAAUAGCCCCAAAGGCAAAGUGAGAGCAUCGUCAUCAUUAAGAUUAGCCAAAUCGGCUUUCUUUUGUAUU